AUGAAAUUUCUUUAUUCAUUUUGUGCUGCACUCUUCUUACUAAUUACAUCAAACAAAGCUCAUACACCGGGAACAGUAACUGUUGAUAAAUAUACAUUUGAUAAAAUCAUACGUAAUUUUGAUGCCGUCUUAGCAAAAUUUGAUGAUAAAUAUCCUUAUGGUGAUAAACAAGAUGAAUUUAAGAAAUUUGCUGAAAGUGUAGCUAAUACAAAAAAUCUUCUUUUAGCUGAAAUUCCAAUAACAGAUUAUGGUGAUAAAGAAAAUGAAGAAUUAGCUAAAGAAUAUAGUGUAACGAAGGCAGAUUUUCCAGCAUAUAAAUUAUUUCUUAAAGGAAAAUCUAAACCAAUUGAUUAUACAGGUGAUAAUACUGAAAAUGAUCUUAAACGUUUUCUUUCACAAAAUACAGAUCUUUGGUUUGGUUUACCCGGUACACUUGAGCUAUUAGAUCGUAUAUCCCGAGAAUUUUUUGAUGCAUCAUCAGCAAAUGAGGAAACAAAUCAAAAAUCAUUACUUGAAAAAGCACGAGAAUUAGUUAAAGGUUUAACUGAUAAAAAAGAUCAAAAGAGUGGUGAAUCUUAUAUAAAGAUCAUGGAAACAGUUGUUAAACAAGGUGUUGAAUUUCUUAAACGUGAAGGACGACGUGUACAAAAUUUAUUGAAAGGAAAGAUUACCAGUGAAAAAAGAGAAGAAUUACAACAUCGUGCAAAUAUUCUUCUUUCAUUUAAAUCACUUAAAGAAUCUGUAACUGAAACAGUUGAAACAAUUAAAGAUAAAGUUGUUGAUGCUGCUGAAACAAUCAAAGAAACUGUCACUGGCGAAAAAGAUCUAUAA